AUGUUACUUUCAGAUAGAAAUAACACCAAGGCUACAUUCAUCCUCUUGGGCUUUUCGGAAUACCCAGAACUGCAAAUCCCCCUCUUCUUGAUAUUUUUCACCAUUUACAGCAUCACCUUAGUGGGGAAUAUCGGCAUGAUUCUCAUAAUCAGAAUUAACCCGAAACUGCACACCCCCAUGUACUUCUUUCUCAGCCACCUCUCCUUUGUGGAUUUCUGCUACUCCUCCAUCAUUGCGCCAAAGAUGAUUGUGAACCUAGUUGCAAAAGACAGAACCCUUUCAUUUUCAGAAUGCAUAGUUCAAUACUUUUUCUUUGCUAUCUUCGUUGUAACCGAAGCCUUUUUAUUAGCGGUGAUGGCUUAUGACAGGUUUGUGGCCAUCUGCAAUCCCCUGCUCUACACAAGUGCCAUGUCCCAGAAGGUCUGUGUCACUUUGGUGGUGGGAUCCUAUGUCUGGGGCUUCACGUGCUCUUUGACGAUGACGUGCUCUGCCCUGAAAUUAUCUUUUGUUGGUCUCAACACAAUCGAUCAUUUCUUCUGUGAGUUCUCCUCACUACUCUCCCUCUCUUGCUCUGAUACUCAUGUCAGUCAGAUACUUCUCUUCACUUUGACCACGUUUAGUGGACUUAGCACACUUCUCUUCAUUCUCUUUUCUUAUGUGUUCAUCAUUUUAACCAUCCACAAGAUGCGUUCAGCCAGCGGACGUCGCAAGGCCUUCUCUACCUGUGCUUCCCACAUGACCACCAUCACCAUCUUCUAUGGCAUUAUCCUGUUCCUAUAUUGUGUACCCAACUCCAAGAAUCCCAAGCUCAUGUUCAAAGUGGCCUCUGUGUUUUAUACAGUGGUGAUUCCCAUGCUGAACCCCCUGAUCUACAGCCUGAGAAAUAAGGAUGUCAAAGACACAGUCAGAAAGAUAAUGAGCACUAAAUUUUUAUCUUUUUCCAAUUCAACUUACUUGGGAAUUUGA